AUGAUACCAUUUAGAGUCAACAAGUCUUUCGUGCCCUACGAGUCCACUAGUUGUUUCCCCAUUCAGAACUUGCCUUAUGGGGUGUUCUCAAAGCGAGGAUCGGACGAAAAGAGAAUUGGUGUAGCCAUCGGAUCGCAGAUCCUAGACCUCAGUGAAAUAUCGAGAGCAGGGCUUUUCUCCGAACCCAUCAACAGGGCAUUUCAGAAGGAUACUCUCAACGAUUUCAUGGCUCUCGGCAGGCCGAUCUGGCAGGAAACCAGAGCUGCACUGAUUGAAUUGCUAAGUGCUGAUGUUCCGACCUUGAGAGACAACCGAAAUAUGCGGGAUGCAGCAUUUGUUCAGCAGGCCGAUGUCAACAUGCAUCUUCCAGCCUCAAUUGGAGACUACACCGAUUUCUAUCUCUCCCGAGAGCAUGCAACAAACUGUGGCACCAUGCUGCGAGGCGCCCAGAACGCUCUCAGCCCAAACUGGCUGAGCCUUCCAGUGGCAUACCAUGGCCGCAGUUCAUCUAUAGUUGUGUCAGGCACACCUGUGCGACGCCCUCGUGGGCAGGUGCUGACAGAUGUGAAGGACAGCAGGAGUGCGGCUUUGAUGCCUUGCAACGUCCUAGACUUUGAGCUGGAAAUGGCUGCCUUUGUGGGCACCGGUAAUCAGCUUGGGGAGUCCAUCAGCAUUGAGGAGGCCGAGGACAGCAUUUUCGGCCUUGUCUUGCUGAAUGACUGGAGCGCAAGGGACAUCCAGAAGUGGGAAAUGGCACCGCUUGGUCCCUUCAAUAGCAAGAAUUGGGCCUCAAGCAUUUCCCCUUGGAUUGUCACUCUGGAUGCGCUGCGUCCAUUCAGUUGUCCAGCGCCAGAUCAGGACCCUCCAGUGCUGCCCUAUCUGCAAGCGGGUGAUCGGCACAGCUAUGACAUACACCUGGAUGUGGAGAUCGUGCCGCCAGAAUUCACUGGCAGGACAGUUGUGACGCAGUCAAACUUCAAGCACCUGUACUGGACACUGCCCCAGAUGGUUGCGCACCACACGGUCGGGGGAUGCAACCUGCGGCCGGGAGAUCUGGUUGGGACUGGCACAAUAUCCUGCAACACUGAAGAUGGGCAAGGCCUGGGAUGUCUGCUGGAGAAGACAUGGAACGGAUCAAAGAGUGUUGAGUUGAGUAAUGGAGAGGAGAGGAAGUACCUACUGGAUGGAGACACUGUCAUUUUGAGGGGUUACUGUCAAGGUGAUGGAUAUCGGGUUGGAUUUGGUGAGUGUUCAGGAACAGUGCUGCCUUGUUUGUGA